AUUUCAAUUCUAUUUAUUUAUACAGUUUGAAGCAGAUGUUUAGAGAGGCAAGUUAUUUCUGGCUUAAAAAGAAGGCAUAUGUUGUUAAACAUGGAUUGCAGAUAUGAUUUUUUUUAGCAGGUUCACUUGGAGCAAAACUAUGAAUGGUAUUAUUGGGUUGGAAUUUGGAGAGAAGAGAAGCCUUGCUUUUGUUGUAUAAAAUUUCUUGGAACUAUGAAUGAUAUUAUUGACUUAGGAUGGACUUUGGUGAAGGGUGAAGCUUGAUUUUGUUUUAUACAAGUUCUUAAUACUUGGUAAUUUGUCUAUCAUCAGAACAUUUAUGAACUCCAGAGUAAUUUUUCAGUAUUUGGGCAAGACUAGAGAUCACAAACCUAGUCUAUGCUGUGGGUUUUGUCAGCAACUUUGGUGAUGUGGUUUGGGAUUUGGGAUAUCCUCUGUUUUGAGUUCUUAGAAUGGCUUCCACUAAUAUAGAAGUGAAUGAUUUUUCUGAUGUCUCAGCAAUUAGGUAUAAAACAGUGCAUCACAAGAGAUAACUGAUAGACCUAUAAUCAAGCUAAUGCAGACUCUGGAAAUUCAGUAAUCCAUCUCUGCUGUUCACCAAUGUUGUGCACCUUUGGAAUUUGCUCCAUACCAACAUCUUCUAGAAUUGUAUGGAAAGGAUAAUUGGGAUUUUUGGCUCUCCCUGAAAAGAAUCAUGCAUCUACAAACCCAUCUCAAUCUUUCUGGCUUUUGUUUCGGAAGUUGGUUGAUUGGGUUGGAAUAUGGGGAAUUAUGGUUACUGAAUUCAUGGAUAGUCUGUGGAAUGCAAUCCUGUUUAGAUGUUUAAAAAUGGCAGGGGAAAAAAAUGGUAGGCAAAAAGGGCAUCUAGUAGCAGCUGAGGACACAGGGCAACUGCAAAACUCAGCCGACUCUUCAGGUACAUACCAUGUAUAAACCUUAGCGAGUAAGGAGGAAUUUAAAGAAGCUUGAGCUCAAAACACACUCCCAAAGUCUCCAAUGGUGUUAGAUCCAUCCAUGAAGAAGAAGAAAGACAUUGAUGAUGAAUAGUACCACCAUAUCCAAGCUUGUGAGGGCUUCCUCCGUUAUCAAUGGGGAGGUCACGCCAAAAGCCACAUCUACAAGUAAUGCAGAGGCAGCAACAUAAGCUCACUUCCAACUUGGGCCUGAGUCUUUGGACAUGGCACAAGCUACCAUCCCAAAAUCACCACACUGAAAACAAAAACUGAUAUCUGUUAAUGUAGCAUAAGAUUAAGAGUGGAUUUAAAAUGAAUUAUUUCUAUAAUUCUGUUUUUUUUGUUCACAAGCAAACAUAAGCUUACACUUUCAAUAAACUAAUUUCACGGAGGAAGCCAUUCUUUUGAAAAAAGAAGAAAAAAAUUGCUUAAAUGUAAAGCUGUGAUUGGCCACUUAAGGUGGACCCUCACUAGAUUGGAUGUGUGGUUGGCGCGAACCCAAACGAACGAAACUGCCGUGGACCAAUUUGAACUGCCAACACUCACAGACUCAUCUCCUUCCUCCACAAAGUGACUGCUCAGCUUUAAACCCAGAAACCAUAACCAUGGAAGCUUCGUUAUCUUCUUCACAUGUUCUUGCCUUUUCCAGCUCCAACACCUGCUCAAGAAGCUCAGUAUCAGUGCCCUCUAAAUCUGCUGUCAGUUUCAUUAGCAGAAGCAACCUUUUGCGUAAAUCUCGCCGACAAACAGCAAGAGUUUCAGUGGUCAACGAUGUCUCUGCUGUGGCAGACCCGGCUCAGGUGGAGGUCACCUGGCAGAUUGUCGUUGGAGUCAUAGCUGGAGUGACUCCUUUUAUUGUGGCAGGGAUCGAGUUCAGCAAAAGAAUUGUUGCCCAGAAGAGAUGUGGGGUAUGUGGAGGAUCAGGGCUUGUUCUGAGGGACAAAUACUACUUCCGGUGCCCUGGCUGUGGUGGAUUUCUCCCAUGGCAAUCAUGGAAGAGAUUUUUUUCUGGUUAAUUUCUCUGGUUUUCAACCAUAGAAGGUUGAGUUAAGUAUACAAGUUUGGAAACCGAAAAACGCAGGGAAGGUGAUGCUUUUAUAGUCCCUUGACUCCCAAGUUGCUGGAUAGACCGGAAGAGGAGAAUGCAGUGGACAGUUAAUUCCAUUGAUGUAUAUGCAAGGAACCUUACAUAAUAACAAGAAUACUCAUUGA